AUGGCAUAUACGGCCCUCCCAACAUGGCCGCUCAUUCUCUUCGGCAUCUUGGAACCAGUGGCUCUCAUUUGGGGAUAUUCUGUAACUCUUCUCAACCCUGAGAGUUAUUUCCUGGACCAAGUUCCCAAUACUACGCUCGCGAGCGUUGCUGGGCAUCUCGUCCCUGUGCAUGGACUCGCCCUUACAUAUCAACUUGGCAACGUCUUCAUCGUGCUGGCUGCCGUUGCCAUCAUUUGUACACAUACCACCCACACCGAUAUCAUCAAAAAGUAUCUGCUUGCGAUCGCUUUGGGAGACUUGGGUCAUAUAUACGCGUGUUAUCGCACCCUGGAAACUAACAUCUUCUGGGAUAUCACACAAUGGAACGAUAUGGCUUGGGGAAAUAUUUUCGUUAGUGCAUUUCUCCAUGUAAACAGGCUGGCCACGGUUGCAGGUCUCUUUGGAAAGGUUGUCUCUAAUGCGAAUGUGACGAAGAAGAAUAAAUAG